AUGGGUCAAGUGUUGCCCGAAGAAAUAAAAAACGUCUGGGAGAGAUGGAACAUAAGAGGAAUGUUAAUCUUAAGUCUUUCUCUUCAGACAAUUCUCAUCUUAUUUGCCCCAACUAGGAAACGAGCAUCAUCCAAGUCUCUAACCAUACUCUUAUGGUCAUGCUACCUCCUCGCCGACUGGUCAGCUAACUUCGCCGCCGGUUUAAUCUCCAAGAAUCAAUGGACCGAUCCAAAACCAAACCAAGAACCACGCCAAAACCAAAAACUCAUGGCUCUAUGGUCGCCUUUCCUUCUCUUACACCUAGGCGGACCAGACACCAUCACCGCUUUCUCCUUAGAAGACAACGCUCUCUGGACUCGACACAUGCUCGGUCUCAUUUUCCAAGCCUUUGUCUGCGUCUUCGUGGUCUUUCUCUCUCUCCCCAACCCUCUAUGGCCUUCUAUUCUCUUACUCUUCACCGCCGGUAUCAUAAAGUACUUAGAGAGGACAAUGGCCUUGAGCGUGGCAAGCUCGGGUAAGUUCAGACACUCCGGGAUUCAGACAAAGGGUUUAAAGAGAAGCGAUGUCGAAGAAGGGUUAGAAGAACCGACUCCUACCGAUGUUCUUAGUCUCUUGUUUUGGAUUUUCCGUUCAGAGAGACGUCCUAUGGAGAUUGCCAAGCCAGACAGAGACUUAACCGAUUUAGAGACUGUUCAACAUGCUUUCACACUUUAUCGUCACUUCACAAGUCUCAUAUCUAACUUCGUCUUCAGCUUCAGAGAUCUUAAGGCAAGCCAAGCGUUGUUCAACGUGUUGAAUCCUCAAGAAGCUUUGAUGGUUUUAGGAGCUGAGCUAUGUUUUAUUUAUGAUGCUCUCUACACUAAAUCACCUAUUCUUCAUACUAAGAAAGGGUUUCUGUUUAGAGUCAUUGCAUCUGGAUCUCUUGUUUGGUCUUUCUGUAAGUUCCAUUAUAGAGACAAGAAGAAGAUUCAAGAGUUUCAGCAUACCGAUGUUAUCAUCACAUACAUGUUGUUCUUAGCUGGUCUAACGCUGGAUUUUAUAUCUACUUUAGUGUUCUUGCUCUCUGACUGGAAACUUGCCGUGCUAUGCAAGCCACAGAAAAAGCCUAACUCAAAACCAUCAAGAAUAAGCAUUGUACUCAACUGGAUCCUUGGUUUCAAGAGCCUGCGAUGGGAGAAGAUAAUCGAUCACGGUCAUGAGGUGAUUGCAGGGCCGGUUCUGCUUCGAAGAUGGGCUGGAAAGAUCUAUGCUUUCAAUUUUUUCAACUUUUUCUUGAAAACAGAUGGCAAGAUUAAUGUUCGUGGAAGAAGAGAUUCACCAUACAUGAUGAAACAAUUCGUCAAAUGUAUCCAUGGUGUUCAAUGCUAUAUCGUACGAGUCAUGGCAUCAAACAAAGUGGCUCAUUACAUUCUUUACCCCGUCAAGGCUUUUGUCAAGGUUUUAAGGUUUCUUGUUGCCUACGUAAUCGAUCGUCUUGAUGUCAAGGAGUUUAUAGAUGACAUGAGAGUGGAAGGCUUUGUGUCUAGUGAACCAAUGACGAAAACUCUAUGGAGUUUUGUGUUUGAGCAGGUGAGACACAAAUCGAAGUUUGCGGAUACAGAGGAGAACACAAAGACAAUAUGUUCAGCUAGAGGAGAAUGGACAUUGCGAGAGAAUCGUUGCUCAAGGAGACUGAUUCAUUACGUGGAAAACGUUGAUUACGAUGAGACUCUUCUCUUGUGGCACAUAGCAACAGAGAUAUGUUACCAAGAAGAAGAAGAAGAAGAACCAGAUGAGCACCGUGAAUUCAGCAAAACCUUAUCAGACUACAUGAUGUAUCUUAUGAUCUUGCAACCUCAGUUGAUGUCUGAAGUGGCUGGUCUUGGGAUGCUUAGGUUUAAAGACGCGAUGGUAGAGGCAGAGGAGUUGUUGGAGGAGAGUUUCAAGAAAGCGAAAGAUGUGAAACUAGCUGGUGAAAAGAUUGUAGCAUUAGUUAAUGGUGGUGUUAGUGGAGAGUUGGGUAACGAGAGUAUUUUGGAGGGAGCUAGUUCGAUUGUGAGAGAGCUGAAGCAGAUGCAAGGAUGUCGUAAUAAAUGGAAGAUAUUGAGUAGAGUGUGGGUUGAGUUGAUUUGCUUUGCUUCGUUGCAUUGUGAUGCUACGGCUCGUCUGGAACUGCUUAGCAAAGGUGGUGAGCUCUUUGCUUUUGUUUGGCUCUUAAUGGCUCAUUUUGGCCUUGUUGACUAGGUUACCAUUUUAUUUUA